AAGCCAUCCUCCCAGCGGCACCGGUAGGCGGCCGCAUUUGAUCAAUUGACGUCAGCCGGCAUCUUCCAUGCCACUUGCCCCCCUUAGGAAGCUGUUCCGCUUCAGGCGCAUCCUGCUGACCACGUCCACUUCGCCUGCCUUGGGAAGGGUAGCCUUAUUUCUCUCAAUCCCACAUAACACACAUUGAGAGAGAGAAAAAGAGACCUAGCAACAAACCCCCGAUACUCACUCACGCCUUCACCUACCGCCAUCUUACCGCCAUCUUCUACACCAUCUCAACAGCCAGCCGCCAAGAUCGAUGAGUAACCUCCAAGCUCGCUCGCUCUUUCGGCCCAUCGUCCUCAUCGUAGCCCUCAUCUUCGUCCUCUCAACCUGGAAUCGCAGCGGUUCCUCCCGAGACACCAUGGCGGAAGAGAACCAGCACGCCGGCGCGCUAUCCAAGCUCGCACUCCGCAUCCGUCAGACGUCGGAAAAACCUCCCACCCUAUCCUUCUCCGUGGAAAACAAGCACGACGCCCCGCUGACCAUCCUCCGCUGGAACACGCCCCUCGACCCCCUCGCCAUCCAAGUCGGCCUCGUCUCCAUCACGCCCGAGGGCAAGAGCGAACCGAUCGAGGUCCACACUGUUCAGCUCCGCCGGAUCAUGCCGCCGCGCCCAGAGGACCUCGUCACCCUCCAGCCCGGUGAGAGCCAGGAGCAGGAGAUUGUCCUCAAGGAGCCCAUCGUGGCGCUCGAUUCGCUCGGCAAGACGGCACGGGUGGCUGUCAAGGGCAAGUGGCAGGUUGUUUGGCCCACGACGGCGGACAAGCUUAGUCAGGCAACGCUUGAGAAGUUGCAGUUUGGCGAAGGGGUCUUGACGGGUGAAUUCGAAAGUGAGACGAUCGAUGUCACGAUUGGUUAGGACGUCUCGGCAAGUUAGUCAAGUCACACGAUAUCGAUAUUUUCUCGUUUUCUCGUUACACCACCCGUCAAACUAUUGCAAACUGUCGAUUCAUUUCCUCCUUCCUCCCUCUCUGAUUCAGUAUGAUAUUCCUAUCGUGACCUAGUCCUAAGCAUACGUCCGUUUGUCGAAUCCAGGCACCCUGUCACGCGAGAGCUUCUUUGCAAACAUCAAAAACAACGUGUCUCGAAAACGUGGCCUGGGCAUAGUCUACGGGCGAACCUGGCCGACCAGCUGAGUGUGACGACAAGGCAAAUCACAUUGUUCUGGAAGGGCCUGUGUAAGCAAGCACAGGAAACGUCCAAGUCAGGAUGUCUCAGAGGAAUAUGCCGUGUUCGGACUAGCUAGCUCUAACUCUUCUAGGAUCGGGAGGCACCUUACCCCAUUUCUCUUCUUUGAGGCUGGUCUAAAGUCCUCGCGCCCGUGUGCCCUUCAUCCUGUCCUUCCUCUCCUUGCCGACUCUCGGGAGCAGGAUUUCGGCUUCAAUCUAAGUCACAUCGGCCGAUGCCCGGGGCGGACGGGAAGAUAGUCUCAGAUCACCACCAACAACUAGGUAUCCCGCUCCGAUUGCCGUGGAUCGUGGACGACGACACUCCAGUAGUCGACUUUAGCACCUGUAGAGGCAAUAUCAACAAGGCGCCAAACAACUACCGAACCUUUAGAGCCCGGAGAGGCGUUGCCUCUUCGGACAAAGCGGCCAAUCUAACAAAUCGACGGCCUCGAGACUGGAAGCCCGCCGGCCCCAAUGUCUCGGUGCUGUCGUUCAAGCCCCCGCCCACACCGCCCGUCCGCCGUUCUCUUCUAUUGACAGACGGCUAAUACCAAAGAGCCCUGGAUCUUCUCGCCACAUCGCUGUCAGCAAUGGGACGGUCGAGACCCGGUCCCGCCUCGUGCGGACCACGUUAGUCCCUCGUGAGAAAACGCUUUCUCCGAAUGUCAUCCUCUUUCUCUGCUGCCAUGAGGGUUGUAAGCAUGGCUUUUCCAACUUCCGCAUGCAGUUCAAAUGUGUCCUUCGUUCCCCUCCAAUACUGAUCAAAAGACCAUCACGGUUCCACAGACUAGAGAGGUCGAAUAUAGGCCCGGACCCUGGAGAAUUCGGAACCCACUCCGACGUGCCAUGCAUUUGAAGGGGGGUUGCCACCCUCUCUAGAGUAGGGCCGUUACUUUAGAAAAACCGAUUUACUGUCCCAAGACGUACUCUCUUUCCGCAUCCAUCAAGCACGUUCACGCGUCUUCCACGUUCACGGCGGUCUGAGGCUAGACCCACGCAAAAGGACCACGAGCAUCGUUGAAGACGGAGAACUUCUUCCAGCAGAAGUCCACGCGGUCCACGGCUUCAACUGCCGUGACUGAGACACCACGCAGACCAGAGUCGAGAACACUGAUGACGAAGUCUCUUGCUUACAUUUGAUAUGUGGUUGAAGUCGGAGUUCACUAGUUCAUCGAGUAGCGGGUUUAGACAGAGAGUCCAGGGACUUGCUGCAGGUUGUUUUCGUCAAGUGCGACGGUUAGCAACUCAAUGUAAAUGGCAC